AUGCCCUGGAAUGAAACGCUGGACUCGCUGUCAACCGCAGUGUCUUCGGACGACCUUUGUUUCCAGCCCACCGACGUCUCUCAGCGCCCAUACUUUCGCAUCCCUCCCCUCCGAAACCCUAUCCCCUCCGGAUCCCGAAAGAUUCCCUCACCCCUUGAGCCUGAUACCUCUUCUGUGAGGGAGUCUAGUGCGGCCAAACCAUUGAAUCUCCCUUCUGGAAACCCCCCCAAGGUCCUCCCCACGCUUGAAGACUUUCUAAAGGCCGCCCGCAAAGAUACAGACUUGCCCCAUAGCUUUGGCGUUCCCCCCAGCACCGAGAGACUACCAAAGAAUUCGCUUCCGGCAUUUAUCAGCCUGAGAGCUGUUGAAAAUUUGUCCCACCCAUCUUUCCCUGACGAUACCCCUCGAAAACGGCGCCGAUUAGAUGUUGCUGGGGAGUCUAGUUUGACGGAUGUUGUACAACUGCCAAUACCAAAAGUGCAAAAAGAGGUUUUGAAACAACGCCCAUUCAGUCCGUUGCCUGUAUUGAAUGAACUAAAAGAGCCACCUCCAAAUGCUGCCUUGUUUCCCCCCAUUCUUGAAUCAGAUGGACGACAUGAGGAAAAGGACACCUCGCUGUCGGCGGAAUUGCUAAUCUCGGAACAGGCGGGCGAGCGCCGCACCCAAAGAAUAGAGGAUAUAAUUGACUUGAAUGAAGAAGCGGGUGUUGCUUCGGAAAACCAGGAGCCCGAUCCUCAGAAGCUGCAUCGGGCGUCCGCUGAUAGAGCUGGACAGGUGGCGGGGCCAACAGACACAUCUUCUCGCCAAGGAAAGUCUAUAAAACCAAAGAAGAAGCUGCGAAAAUGGACAGAGCAGGAAACUCAUGACUUGUUGAGUGGCGUUGUGAGAUGCGGUGUCGGCCAUUGGACGGCUAUUCUAUCCCAGCCAGAUCUUAAGUUCAACAAUAGGACCGCGAUGAACCUGAAGGACAGAUUUCGUGUCUGCUGUCCGUGGGCGUAUGAGCCUGGACACGGAUCGACGUCGGAUGACACUCGAGCGAGGCUUGCUGACAACAUUAGUGAUGCUCAGUCUGGCCUUGUGGCAAAGAUACUACUUCCUGAUCCUCGAUCAACUAAAAAUGCUCCUGAAUUCAACAGGGGGCCCACUGGCCCCUCCGGUCUGAGCCAGUCUGUCGCUCAAUCGAACGCAACAUGCGGAACUAAGGUGUCGAAUUCCUACAAGAAAAGUCAAAAACAGAGUCAAAAGCGGUCUUCAGGAAUUAGUGGAAGCAAGGAACUCUCUAAUAAAUCUAAAUCCACUUUAAUCUCUCUCGGUUUGCAUGACCCUGACAUGGCCGUUAAGUCUAGCCGACGACAUCGGCGACCCUUCACAGCGGCCGAGGAUGACUCUCUGCUCAAAGGUUAUGCAGUUCAUGGCUUCCAGUGGACCUUGAUUCGCCAAGAUAAGCACCUGAACUUACUUCAUAGGAAGGCCACGGACUUAAGGGAUCGUUUUCGAACCAAGUUUCCAAAUGUCUACCGUGAGGGUGGAUUUACCACGACAAAAAGCAAAGAUGCUAUUCUUAAUGGAAGGUCCACGUUCUCACCGGGCGAUGGUAUCAGAUGUCGUUCAGGGGCUGUGAGUGAUAGCAAAUUCAACGGUGAUACACAAAAUAAAGACCUGGCCGCUGUUCCAAUUGACCCUGCCAUGUCCCCCCCUGCUCCCCCAUCAAGCCUCCCUGAGCCACCUAACGUUCCAGUGACUCCCCUAUUCUCGUUAUUGUUGGACGAUGGGCCAAAUGGUGCCGAAGAGAGUAACAAUCCUCUUCGCUGGUCGGAAAAUACACUUCCUCCCUUGGUAUGGGACGAAUUAAGUUAG